AUGCAUUUUGUUAUGGCUGUGAGUCCUUUUGUGUUCAUGACUCUUUUUUUAUCACUGGUCGAAACAAAGUUCUACAGACCAUUCCAGUUUAACCAGUAUAAAGCUGGGCACAUUCAACAUCACGACCAAGGGAAACCCACCAGCAGACAUAAAAACCACUGUGCCUAUGUGGUUGAAAAGACAGUGUCCUUCACUGUGCAGGAUGGGGCAGCCCCGUAUGUAAAAGCAGAGUAUAACAAGUGUUCCUGGGGACAAAAAUGUCCAACUCUCCAGUAUCGUCUGAUGUACAAACCUCUCUACAAGGUUGCACAUAAAACUGUCACAGAGCUGGAAUGGCGUUGUUGUCCCGGAUACUCUGGUUACGGCUGUAUGGAGGGACAUCCGGUUUACCAACACCCCAUGAAAAUGAUGCCGCCUUUCAAGGGCCCGCCAAUGAAAGGCCCACAGUUUAAGGGCCCACAGCACAAAGGCCCCAUGUUCAAGGGUCCCAUGUUCAAGGGCCCACCUAUUAACACUGCUGUGAAGGCCAACCCGUGGAGCCAACCCAAAGGACCUCCCACCGGCAGUUUUAACUCUUACCCAAUGCGCCACUUUGGGCCUCCGAGGACCUCCUCCUACCCAGACACCUCCUUCGAGCCCUAUCCCUCAGAGCCAGAGCCAAUGCCAGAGCCAAUGCCAGAGCCAAUGCCAGAGCCAAUGCCAGAGCACCAGGAGCCACAUCACACAGAGCAUGAUCAAGAAAAUGAGCAUGAUCAUGAGCAUAGCCAGGGACCUGAGGAUCAUAUACCAGAGGAAAUCCCUCCUCCUCCCUCUGGAGUUGAGCAGCCUGAGGGUGAAAUCACAGGCCAAGCUCUGGACAGUGAGACAGAGGAGCGAAUCUAUCGAAUGGAGGAGGAUGUGCGACGUCUGAACCAGGGUCUGGAGACCCUGAGGGGAACUGUGAAUGGACUGGAAGACAGUCUACGAGCCUCGCUGAGAGAGGAUGCCAACAGGAUGCUGUCGGCUCUGCUCUCUGCUGCCCCCGGUCCUGUUCCUGCUCCAGCUGUAGCCUCUGGUCCAUCCACUGUCGGGUUUGUAGAGAUUCCUGGGGGAGACGCUGAGACAGGGGGUCUAGAUGGCAGACACGUGUUUCCAGGCCUUACAGAACUGAAUGGAAGAGUAGAGGAGCUCAGGACGGAGCUUCAAGCCAAGACAACAGAGCUGCAGGAGCUCAAAGCAACAGUGAUGGGACAUGAUGGAGCACUGAAGAAGAUGUCGAAUGGAGCGGGAGUGGUAUCAGACUCUGCCAGUCUUGACGGACACGUUAUGGAGAGUUUAAUGGAUGCCAAGCUGAGUGAAACCAGGACAGAAAUUCUUGGAGGCUUUGAGGAGCGCGUGGAGAGCGCAGAGGGCCGGUGCGAGGAGAAAGCCGGGGAUUUGCGUCGUCAGUGUCAGAGGGAGCAAAGUGAGAGGCAGCAGCAGACGGAGGACGCUCUGGAGGAAAGUAACAAUAACUUGAGAACAGAACUGAUAAACCUCCAGGCACAGAUCCAGGGUUUAAAGGCUUCACAGAACUGCUCUGGCAGAGUGAGUGGGCUGGUUGAAAGGGUGCAGAUGCUGGAAACAUCAGUGGCAGGCCUCAACCAGUCCCAGGGACACCUGAGAGUGGAGCUGGGUGGACACAAGGACCACAUUGAGGGAAUACUGGAGGGGCGACUGGGGUAUGUAGAGUCCAAGCUAAACCUGACUGGACAAAUUCAAAGUGAUGAGUCAGGUAGGAGGCGUGGUGUCCCACACAGAGCUGAGACAGGACAAAGUGUGGAGGCCAGGAUGGAGGGUAAACUGAGGGCUCUGGAAGGCCGUUUACUGACAGCUUUGGAGGAGCUGGGUAAUGCUACUGCUCCCGCGCUGCUAGAGGGUCAUGCUGUCCCCACUCUGGAGACAGAGCUGGAGUCCCUCAGAGGGAGACUAGAGGUUGAUGUGGACAGAGUCAAGAAGCACCUGAGCAGCCUUGAGGUUCUCUGCUCCUCCUCUUGUUCAUCACCUCAGAAACAAUCUGCCAUCCAAGGAGACUCUGCAGCACCAAGUGCUGACCUGACGGAGGAGCAGCAUGUGAAGGAGGCGUUGGACGCACAAGGUGACCGUUUGAAUAGCCUCAACGUCACACUGCAGAACAUCCUGAGACGUCUGACAGUCAAGGACCAGCAGAAAGAGACAGAAGGAGACUACCCCAUCCAUGGAGAGCUCACAAUCCUCAAGUUCAACGUCCGCGCAGUCAACCACACCCUCAAAGGCCUCAAGGAGUCCCUGGGGACAGUCGUCCACCAGGUGGGUCAAGCCAACAGCUCCUGGCAUGAGAGAGAGGCUCGUCUGGCCCAGCAGAUAAAGGGUGUGGUGCAGCUGGUUGGACAUCAGGCCUCCAUGCUCGGAGUAGGUGAGCGCAGACUGACCCGAGUGAAAGGGGAGCUGCAGGAGAUGAAGAGGCGGCUCGCUGAGGAGGUGAGGGGCUGCAGGAGCACAGCCAUCGGGGUCCAGAAGGAGGUAACGGAGGUUGAAGGGCGUGUUGCCAGUGUGGAGGACCAGUGCAAAGGCCUGAAUGACUUCGCAGAGGACUUGGAGAGUAUCAGGGAGGAGCUGGAGAGACAAUCAAACGGGCUUCUCAUGAAGGUCAACGGGACACUGUCCAGCCACGCUCAGCAGCUGUCAGAGCUCAGAGACGAACUCAAAAACUGCACCUCCCAGGUGGAGCCAACACAACAGAGUUUAGAGGUGAAGUCUGAGCUGAGACGAGGGGACACCUUCACUUUGAAUUAAUUCAUUUUAUACAGACACUACAUUUUACA